AUGUUCAAAUGGGCAAGUAGAAUCAUCGACAUAUAUCUAUCACGAAAGAAUAAAAAUGGCCAAAUAUAUUUGUUUGCUUUUGUCCAGUACACUACAAAAGGAGGGGCUUUGAAGGCUAUUGCAGAAAUGAACGGUAUGGUAUUGAGAGGUAAAAGAAUGUUCGUAGGUGAAGUCAAAUAUAGAAGAGGAGAUGCGAUGAAAAACACGAAGGGUACAGUAGCGAAGGUGACCACCAGGCACGAUGCGGGAGACAACCAGCCACGGAUAAUGAGUGUGGGAGCAGCUGAAUUGAAAGCGGGAAGGCAGCCGUCAGACGCUCCUGUCAAAGAUCCAAAUAGGACAAGUGGAUUCGACGUUCUUGUAAAGGAAGUGGGUGGAGAACUGUAUCGGGAGGAAUGUUUCCGAAAUAACAAAGAAGUGACAAGAGACAGGCACAUGACAAAUACAGAAGAGCUGCGGCAUGGAAGCUCUAGUUGCAUAUUGAACCAUGGAGCUGAACGGAGGAUGUCAGAUUGA